AUGGCCAGCGUUAACCUUUCCAAAGUGGUUAUGGUGACAAUCAACGUCAUUUUUCUGAUUUUUGGCAUUGCUGCUCUUGCAGUGGGGAUUGUGUUCAAGUUAGGCUGGAAUGAUGUCAGGGAGGCAUUCAUAGACGUUUCCGAUAAGGUCGAAUUUGACCUGCAGAGUGCGGGAGACAUCCUGGGAUAUACUGGGAUCAUUAUUGGCGCAUUUAUCAUCAUUGUCUCCCUGUUGGGGUGCAUCGGUGCUUGCUGCACGCUAAGGAUCCUCCUGGGCUUGUAUUCCAUCAUUGUACUGAUUCUUGUAGCGGCGGAGAUUGCUCUAGUCGCCCUUGUGGCAACUCACGCUGAUCAGACCAAAGAGAGUGUGAGCAAAGCAAUGAACGACAGUCUCAGCGGGCGCUAUUAUGAAAACAGUACUAACGACAUCUCCAAAGCCUACAGUGCUCUCUUCUCUAAGCUUGAAUGCUGUGGCAUCAGCAACUACUCCGAAAACUUUCCAUACGACAGUGGCAGCAAGCGUAAUAGGGGCUUCAUCGCAGCUCCGCAGCGUCAACUCUCUGGCGCUAUUACAGCUGAAUACAUUCCAAUAACAUGUUGCAAAGACUUCGACUACAAAGCUGUGUUAACUAACGAGAUCUUUGUGAAACAAGAACAGUGUCUGAAUAGUAUUCCAAAUCCAAAGUUUGCUUACACUGAGGGCUGCUUGGACACAUUAAUUGACAAGAUCAAAGACAAUAAAUCGAUUCUAAUUGGUGUGGGAGUAGCCAUUCUCGUCUUAGAGUUUACACAAUCCUCUUGUGGUUAUUUGAGAAUUAGGCAUGCACUUGACAACCAUGAAUCAAUUUUUCAAAGCCGGGAUGACACAGUCGUUUCUGAAGUUUCUUCCCCGGAAAGGCUAAACCCGUAA